AUGUCAUCCCAUCUACAAGAACAACAACACAAAUUAUUGAACAUCAAUGAUGGUCAUCAUGAUCUUGCACACGAAAAAACCUAUGAAAAUGCUUUGAAAAUUUUGGAUUCUCUCAUUUCAAGAAAAGUAACAUCCGAUGUGGGAGGUCAAGAACAAAAUCUUGAAAUUACAUCUAGUUGCUUACGGAAGAUUGGAAUUGAUAUUACAAAACUUCCAAUGAUUCAUGUCGCAGGUACAAAAGGAAAAGGAAGUACUUGUGCAUUCUGUGAAAGCAUUUUGCGAAAGAAUGGAUUGAAAACGGGACUUUUCACAUCACCUCAUCUGAUCGAUAUUCGAGAACGUAUUCGUAUCAAUGGUGCUCCAGUGUCUACAGAAUUAUUUGGAUCUGCAUUUUGGGAGUGUUAUGACAAACUCUGUCAAUCAUCACUCGGUGAGAAAGAUCUCAUUGCAAAAACAACUUAUUUUCGAUUAUUGGUUGUUCUUGCCUUCAAGAUUUUUGUAGAUGCAGGUGUGGAUGUGGCUAUUAUUGAGGUUGGAAUUGGAGGGCGAUAUGAUGCUACAAAUAUCAUUCAUCCAGUGGUGUGUGGAAUUAGCUCAAUUGGUUAUGACCACAUGGAAAUUUUAGGAAAUAGUCUUUAUGAAAUUGCCAUGCAAAAAGCAGGUAUCAUGAAAAAAUAUGUUCCAUGCAUUACGUAUCCUCAGAGAGAAGAAGCUAUGGAUGCCUUUGUCAAGUCGUCGCAAGAAUCAGGAUCUCCACUGUAUAUGUGUCCAUCCAUUGAAGAUUACGAGAGAGUUUUGAGUGAGGAUGGAAAAAUUCAAAGACUAGAGUUAGGAUUGAAGGGAGAACAUCAACGAUGGAAUGCAUCAUUGGCCAUAGCUUUAGCGUUUGCAUUUAUGGAAAGAACAAAUAGACAUGGUAAAUUAGAAAUUCCUUCCUUCUCACCUCUUGAAGAGAGUAUUGCAAUUGAGAAAUUUAAAAACAAAUUGAGAGGAGAGGAUGUCACAUCAAAUAGGCCCUCAAAAAUUGUCUCAAACGUUCCAUCUUCCCUUCUAAAUUCUAAUAUGGCACAUAUUCGAAACACUCAACAUGUGGAAACAUUUUUACCAUUUCAUCUCUCAGAAGCAUACAUCAAUGGAUUGAGAGAAUGCAAGUGGCCUGGCAGAUGUCAGGUACUCUCUUUCCCUGGCCUUAGUUUUUAUAUUGACGGAGCUCAUACCGAUGAAAGUUUGGAUUUGUGUCGAAAAUGGUUUGUGAGUUGCAUGGAAAAGAAUCAGGUCAGUCAACAACUUGAUGACAAUUACUACUUUUCGAGUGAUAAUGAAGAAAAUGCUUCAUUGACAUCAGAACGAAGACGGCAAGCUCAAAAUGCUGCCACUACAAGUACUCACAAGAAGAUACUUGUGUUCAAUUUUACAGGACCAAGAGAUCCCAAAAAGUUGUUGGCACCUCUUUCAAAAUCCAAAGAUUUGUUUGAUUAUGUGAUCUUUUGUCCAACCGACUCUGUGAAAAACAGUCUCAACAAACACCAUACCACCAUUUCAAAACAAGAAGAAGAAAAAUUGAAUCUUUUACGACAAACUUGGUGCGAUUUAACAAACAAAAGUGACAACAUUCUCCUAUUCCACUCUAUUAAUGAAGUAUUAGAGUUUUUAUGGGAUAUGAAAUCCGAGAAGGUUUCUGUUUUGGCCACAGGCUCCAUUUAUUUGAUUGGUGAUUUCAGUAGAAAAUUACACAAGAUUUACAAGGCCAUCUCGAAAGGUAACACGAGCAACAGCAAAUAA